GUUCCUAUGCAAUAAUUGCGAUUAAUGCUGAGAAAGCAACUCAAUCUCGACUUAUUCAUCUAUAGACUUCCAUCUGUCAGCUCUGUUCUGUAGAAUUCUAGAGCCCAUUGACUGGAGCAUAUUGCUCGGUCAUGCUCUUAGCGACGUUCGGCAGUAUAAAGUCUAAGCACGUCAUCCGUUUCUCCUAUCGCACUCUUUCUACUGCUGUCAGAUUCACACUCGCAUAUUCUCGUUCUCACCGCACUUCAACUCAGACGCAUACAUUCAUCACCAUGGCCACACAGUCCAACAAGCCCGUUGUGUUGUACACCGCACCGACGCCUAACGGAUGGCCUCAGUCCAUCCUACUCGAGGAGCUCAAGGCCGUGUACGGCGGACCAGAAUAUGAAGUCGUCCAAAUGAGCAUCCGCGACGCAGACAUCGGCAAAGUCCACAACCAAGUCAAGCAACCAUGGUUCCUCGAGAUCAACCCUAACGGUCGUAUCCCGGCAAUCACGCACGAAGGCUUCCCCGUCUUCGAAACUUCCGCAAUCCUCGUCUAUCUUGCACAACAAUUUGACAAAGAGAACAAAUUCUCUCGUGACCCAGUCAAGGACCCGAAGGGCUACAGCCAGAUCUUGCAAUGGCUUUUCUUCGUGCACGGAGGCGUUGGUCCCAUGCAGGGUCAGGCAAACCACUUCAACCUCUACGCACCUGAGAAACUUCCCUACGCGAUCAACCGCUACCUAAACGAGACAAAGCGGCUUUACGGCGUCCUCGAAUCGCAUCUCUCUAAGCACGAAUAUCUCGUUGAUACCUACAGCAUCGCUGAUAUCAAGACCUUUGGAUGGGUGCGCAUUGCAGAGCGCACGGGUGUCUCGCUCUCCGAGUUUCCGAACUUGAAAAAAUAUGUUGAGCGCAUUGAAGCGAGACCCGCUGUUAAGGCAGGACUCGCUGUUCCGUGAAAGGUGACGAGAGAAUGAAGUGUUUUGAAGGCAUGGAAAGAAUGGGAAAGGUACUGACGUGAAGCUGACUGAAAUCACUGAACGCUUGUACUGUAUGAAUUAAGAUAACACAAAACCUGUCAUUGACCUAUAUCAUGAGCGAAAGCCGCCGUUAUUUUCGAGUAGUGAAAGCUGGUGCUGAGGUUAAGUGUUUAGGUAUUAGAGUUUUUUGACUGCUCGGUGGAUCGAGGCGUAAGAAAU